AUGUUUUUAUUUACAAUUCUAUUUAUUAUACUACCACUGCUGCUGUAUGCUAUUUACGAAUUAUUGGGCCGUAAAUUGACAAGUGGUGAAAUUGACAGGAAAGCGGUACUGAUCACUGGAUGUGGAAGCGGAUUUGGCAGAGAUUUAGUGAAACGAUGUCUUCAGAAUGGACUAAUAGUUUUUGCAGGAUGUCGCCGUGCCACUAGUGUGAAUGAAUUGGAAGAAAGCAACAGUUCAAUCAAUCAAGGUCGACUGUAUGCAUUUCAAAUGGAUGUGACCGAUGACGAGAGUGUUCGGAAAUCCCGAAGAAUUGUAGACAACGUUUUAAGAGAAAAGAAUCUCGUUUUUCAUGCGCUAAUCAAUAAUGCCGGAGUGCGAGGCAAUAUCUUUUACGAUGAUUUUUUGACUUUGGACGAUUACAGAGAAGUAUGGGAUGUGAAUACAUGUGGUGUGAUACGAGUAACACAAACAUUUCGUGAUCUUAUCAAGAAAUCCAGAGGUCGAAUAGUGAUAUGUAGCAGUGCCAUCACAUUAUUCCCGACAGCUGGCAAUGGUCCUUAUUCUUGCUCAAAGUUUGCUGUCCAAGCUUAUUCUAUGGUUAUUAGGCAUGAACUGCAACCAUAUGGGGUGAAUGUGAUAGAAAUUAUACCGGGAUCCUUUGAAAGCGGAAUGCAGAGUUCUGAGAGGUUGAUUAAAAUGUUGAACAAGGUGUGGUACCGAGCACCACAAAAAUUGCGUGAUGAAUAUGGAUACAACUAUAACGACAAAGCAAAAGAAUUUACAAAAGAACUACAACAGAAUAUUGUGGAAAAAGAUUCAACAUGGGUUAUCGAUUCUUAUUACGAAGCAAUCGUUGCGAAGCGACCAAAACUUCUGUAUCGAAUUGGUUGGGAUGUGUUAAUUACAUUCUAUCCGUAUUCAUUCCUUCCAUUGCGACUGCAACUUUAUGUGAUGAAAUUUUUAAUGCAUUUAAAUGGAGCACCGUCACCAGCGAUAACGUCGAAAAAUAUACGUUCAGAAAGUCCGAAAAUCCUAGACAACUAA